UCGCCUCCGCCGUUAAUAUUUGUCGGCGCAGGCCUCUGUUAUAGCGUCGGAAGAAAAUAAAAAUUAAUAAUAGAAAUCUAUUGUUACACAUAAGAAAUGGAGUUUGCCCUGCCAGAAUUAUUAAGUCGUGAUGAUAUAUUAAGAAUACUUAAUCAACGUCAUUUGCCAAUACAAAAUAUGAAUGAAUUAACCCAUGACGAACUGUUAAGGGUGUACAAAACUUUUGUAAUGCCGCUUUCCCGGAGACCAGAAAGAAGUAAAAAAUGUAAACAUAAUUCUACAGUACCAGCUACAAAUCUAGAUUGUGUUAAUGACAAGAGGCAACAUAUGCAGGUGGAAACUAUUGACAGCGCCUCCAACUCAAUGGAUAUAGAUUUUCCCAGUGUUACAUUAUGUCCCGCAGACAACACUAGAAUGACUAGCCCUUUGGGUGAAAAACGCCGUCAAGAAAGUAGUGAUGAAGAUUAUUUGGAUAUAUUCGAAAAUGAUUACCAAUUUCAAUUGAGUUCGGUUACAAAACGUAUACGUAUAAAUACGUUAUCGUGAUUUUGACUUUAAACAAUUUAGGUAAGUUGAAGAAAGAAUAACUGUUUUAGAAGCUGUAAGGAUGCUGUUCUAAAAGACGUUUUCUUUGAGAUACAAGGAGUGGAAAAAAAAUUCAGGAACUCCAAGGAACAUAUGCAGCUUAAAUGAUUUGGUUUCAAGGAAGUGUUUCUAUAAAAGCAAAGCAAUUUGCAUAAGACACGUUUUACCUCUUUUUUACUCUCAAUGUCUGGUAGUUGUUAUCAAAACGAUAUGCUCGUUCGUUCGUUCUGAUUAAAAGUAGCCAGCCGGCAAAAUUACAACAUUCGAUAAUAAACGAAAUCUUCAUUUAAAUUAAGAUUUCGAUUGAUAUCGAAUUGCAUAAUUUUUCGGCACAUAUUGAGAUAAUAUUACUUUAGUGUUAAAGCAAUAUUUGUACAAAACUUUAGUUAGAUUUUAUUAGGAAACUUUUAAAAUGCUUAUUUAUUAUAUAAAUAAGUUAAAAAUAUGUAAUACUUUUUUAUUUUACUAUAUUGCUACUUAGUAGGGUGAUCGACUCGAUUUUUCAACCGGUUUUAAAACCGGUUUUUUCU